GGUUGCUUGCAUAACACGUGAACGCAGACGUGGUAAAGGAGCUUAAGAAUUCCCAGAUAUAACAGGUCCUUCCCUCCAAUCGUUGUGCUUAUCGCUCGCUCCAAGAAGCAGGAGUAAGAAUGGAGACCUUAAAGGGCCCUCGGAUAGGCAUGUCGCGCAACGCGCGCGGCCGGAUGGCCACCGCGCGUCCGCAGGCGCUGCCACUUCCGCGUGCAAGUCAACCUUAUGUCAGCAGCCCUGGCUUCAAUAAGCGUGCGUCACAGCUCCAGCGCGUCAACGUUCGCCAGGGCCCGCUCGGCAAUCGCUUGCACACCAUCGCCUCUGCGGCCGCUGCGGACGCUGGGGGCCACAAGGCCAAACCAGCCUCCUCCACAUCUCCGUUCGGCAAGCUGCUGUCUGUCUUUAACGUGUACUCCGAUGAGCGCUGCAACAGCAAGCUGCUGGCGCUGGCCGUUGGCCAGAUGCUGUGCUCCAUCGCCACCCUCAUCCACGACUCCUACCUGCCCAUCUACGUGCAUGAGGAGCUGGGGCUGUCAACCGGCAAGAUCGGUGCCGUACAAGGCGCCGCCCAGUUCCUGUGCCAACUGAGCAAGGGGGUCAGUGGCGUGGCGGGGGACGUGCUGGGGUCGCAGACCCGCGUGCUUGUGUUUGGCACGUUCCUGACACUGGCGUGCAAGCCCAUGUUCGCACUGCUCAGCACGGUGUACGGCGUGUUUGGCGUCACCGCCUGCCUGUACUGGUUCUUCAUCGCCAAGCUGCUGGACCGGCUGUCCAAGGGCAUCCGCGAGGCGCCCACCAAGGCCGUUAUGAACGAGCUGGCGGCGGAGAGUGGGGACGCGCCGGAUGCGGCGUACGGCCUGCGCCAGUCCCUGGCCACUGCCGGCAUGCUGAUCGGCUCCACCGUCGCCUCCCUCACCUUCGCCGCCACCGGCAACAACUACGUGCUCACCUUUGCGGUGGCCGCACUGCCGCCCGCACUGGCGCUGGCGUGGCUGUGCGCGAACUUCCGAGACGAACUCUUCGGCUCCCCCUCUCCCUCCCCCGCCUCGCCUCCUCC